CUCAGCCUCACCAUUCAUUUUCUCUUUUCCACAAUCUGACCAAACCCUCAUUUGCAUUUUGCAAAAAGAUAAAAGGCCACGCAGACACACAACACAUUUCUUACACUCACACACAAUUUACAUCUAAUACCAAACUCUUUUUAUACUUAAUUACUCAAAAAUGGCUAGAGGAAAUCAGAGAGAAAAGUCCCGUGAGGCUAAUGCUAAGAAACAAGCUCAACUUGCUAAAGCCGGAAGCGGAAUGUCGAAAUCGCAAAUGCAAGCCGAGAAAGAUAAGACCCGUGUUCUAUUAAUGGAAAAGCAAAAGAAAGCCGACGAAAGAAAAGCAGCCGAAGCACUCGCCGCCGCACAAGGAAAGAAAUAGAUUCGAUUCCAUUCGACAUUUCUUAUCUACCGAUGUUAUCAGACCUCUCCAAUUCGACAUGAUAUGAUAUAAAAUUAGAGAAAAUCCUACAAUCCGAAGAACGACUCUCAAAGAACAAUUUCCCCCUCCCAGAGCGAAAGGAUGGAGUUUUAAGGCGAGCAGGCAGGCAGGCGCGAAAGAAUUUCGCAAAAUCCCCGAAUAUUUCUCAUCUCCUGGAAAUUCAGUUUCAUUUUCAUUUUCCUUACACACUAUACAUUUCACAUUACAAUACAUUUGAAACCCCCCUUCAAGG